AUGAAACCAGAAAUGGAGGCAACAUCGGGAACUGGAGGCGGAGGCAGCAUCUGGAGUGACGGAUCCACAAACCUGGCCAACGUCAUCAGAGGACUCCCCAAGUUCGAUGGAACGAAACCAGAGGAUUUCAACGACUGGAUGAAGAAAUUGGGUGUAGUCGUCGGCGUUACUCAGAGGGACAUCAUGCCACUUCUCAAGGGAAUGCGCGGGCCUGAUCCCUCGGUCACCACCUUCGCCGCAUACGGGAGAGCAAACGAAGACCUCUACGAAAUCCUAUUCUGCCUCGUCGAACUGCCGGCUGUACUAACCGUACACAAGCACGAAGACGACACCGGCCUUAGCGGCGACGGGCAGGCAGCAUUCGCGGAACUGAAGGCCAACUACAAUCGAGUGACAGAUGAAGUGAUCAGGGCUAAACUGGACGACCCGGAAAGGACGGGCAAGGAGGCAGGAGAGAACCCGGACGAUUUUUUCAACAAGAAACA